CAACUUCUGUUCUCCGCAUGCACUAUCUGACUACCUGACUACCUUGGCCGCCAUGACCAUGCAGCAAGAGGGUCCUUUGCCAGCCGCGCCGUGGCAUUUCGUCCACUAGGCCGGUCGGCAUUUGGUUGCUUCCCCAGAUUGGAGAAUGGAGUCGGGCGUGGCAUCGGGGGAUGCAACCGAGAGAUGCUACCCUCAGGUCCGGCGGUCUAUACAUAUUAAUUGCCCCCUUGGGACCGCCGAAGGAUGGAUGAUUGACAUGGAUGGCAUUCAAAACUACUACAUAAUUACUCGCGCGGCCUUGCAUCUCUGGAUAAAUAAUACCCAAAGAACUCUGGCGGAUUCGCGAGUCCUCUCUAUUAGCGGCCAACCACAGCAGCACAGAAUCCCCCACGACCCCACGACCUUGGCCGCUCGGAAAUGGCGCCCAAGAAGGACGAUGAGACGUGGAAAGCGCACUGGAAGUGUUUCGUCGCCUGCGGCAUCAUUGUGCUCUGCCCCUUCCAGUAUGGCGUCGACUUUGGCCUCAUCGGCGGCCUGCAGGCCAUGCGCGGCUUCCUAGAGAUCUACGGCCACGAAGCCCCCGAGACACCGCUCGGAUGGAACCUCGGCACGGUCCGGCAGCAGCUCAUCUCGUCGCUCAUGACGCUCGGCGCCUUCGUCAGCUCCGGCACGGCCGGCCUCGUGGCCACCUACGUCAGCCGCCGACAGUGCCUCUGGAUCGCCUGCCUCUUCUGCUGCGUCGCCAAUGUCAUGAUGAUGGCCACCGAGAACAUCGGCGCCCUCUACGCCGGCCGCUUCCUCAUCGGCCUGGCCAACGGCUACUUCAUGACCUUCUCGCAGCUCUACCUCCAGGAGAGCAGCCCGGCCAGAUACCGCGGCCUGUUCCUGACCGCUUUCCAGUUCUUCACCUCCUUUGGCACGCUGAUCGGAACCAUCAUCGACUGGGCCACGGCCCCGCGCCCGGAUAAGUCGGCCUACCUGAUCCCGCUCGGCAUCAUCUACAUCGUGCCGGCCCUCUUGACGGUCGCCCUCUUCAUCAUCCCCGAGUCCCCCCGCUGGCUGAUCCUCACGGGCCGGUACGACCAGGGCGUCAAGUCGCUGCGCUGGCUGCGCCCGCCCGCCUCCGACGUCGACGCCGAGGCGGCCGAGAUCAAGGCGGCCAUCGACCGCGAGAGGGAGCUCGGCAGCAGCGUCUCGGUGCUCGACAUGUUUGCCAACCCGGUUGACCGCCGCCGCACCACCCUCGCCGUGUGCAGCGUCACCCUGCAGGCCGCCUCCGGCUCCAUGUUCAUCAUCGCAUACAAGGCCUACUUCCUGGGCAUGUCCAACAUUUCCAACCCGUUCGGCAUGAGCAAUGUGCUCAGCACCAUGGGCAUCCUGGCCAUCUUGUUCAACUCGCUCAUCGUGGUCCGGUACGGGCGGCGGCGCGUCAUCCUCAUGAUCGGGCUGGCCCUGUGCGGCAUCUUCCAGCUCAUCAUCGCCGUCGUCUACGACAAGCGGCCGGGAACCACGUCGACCGGCCAGGUGCUCGUGGCCUUCACGUGCGUCUACAUGAUGAGCUACAACGGCAUGAUCUCGACCUACGCCUGGCUGGCCGGCGGCGAGAUCCCGUCGCAGCGCCUGCGCAGCUACACCUUCGGUCUGGCCGCCGCCGUCGGCUUCUUCUUCGCUUGGCUGACCACCUUCACGGCCCCGUACUUCAUCAACCCGGAGUCGCUCAACUGGGGCCCCCGCUACGGCUACAUCUGGUUCCCCUCCUGCGUCGUCGCCGCCCUCUGGGUCUUCUUCUUCCUGCCCGAGACUAAGGGCCGCACCCUCGAGGAGAUCGACGAGAUGUUCGAGGCCCGGCUGCCCGCCCGUAAGUUCCGCAAGCACGUCUGCGUCGGCCAUCUCCCCGCCCGCGACAAGGUGGACUCGCCCGACGCCGUCGAGGGGCCGCCCUCGCCUGCGGAGAACGAGAAGAAGUCAGCGAGCGACAUCAAGGUCGAACACGCAGAAACAAAGGCUUGAUGCGGCCACGUCAGGAGGGGGGACCCCGAUAGACUGGUUUGGAUAUCAUGACAUGAUUCAUAAUUAUACCAUUUAUUAAUUAUAUAAUACGCAUUAUUAUACAGACGGAGUGGAACACAUUAUCUACUACGCGAGGGAUGACUUUUAUAAUUAAUUAAUGGUCGAAUCAAAGAGGUGACUCGCCACGGAUUGAUUAAUUCUUACUUGAUGAUAUAAGUU